ACAUGUCGCCAUUUUGUCUACAGAAGUUCGUUCCGAAAACUGUGUUUCAAUAUUUUGUACGGUUUUCUCCAUUUAAAAUUAGUGUUAAAAGGAGUUUUGGGUCUAUAAUUUUGAGCGCGGAUAGGAAAAUUAAGCGUUCGAGAAACAAUUUUGUUUCAAGUGUGAGAGUAUUAUCUACGAAAAUGAGUGAAGAUAUUUCGUUAUUUACUUUACCAAAUAAUCAACCAGUAAUUUCUUUAGAAUGUAAUACUGCAUUUAACGCUUUAACAAAAACUGAAAAAUUAUAUGCUCAUUAUCUAAGUCAAGCUUCAUGGAAUGGAGGACUUAUUGUUUUUGUACAAACUUCUCCAGAAUCACCAUUAAUAUUUGCUCUUUUACAUAAAAUUUUCUUAAAUGAAUCAAUAGUUAAAUUAAAAACAUCUGCAUUUAUUGAUGGUAUUAGCGAAGAUGAGUUUACAGCAUUUUUAGUAUAUUCUUGUGGAAUUUUUGCAAAUGGUGGUAAUUAUAAAUCUUUUGGUGAUAGUAAAAUAAUUCCUAACUUGCAUAAGGAUAAAUUUGAAGCUAUAGUAAAAGUUUCAAAGGCAUAUCAAGAUAAACCCAAAGAGAUUGAGGAAAUUUGGAAUAAAAUCCAAAAUGUAAUAUAUUCUAUAACAGGAAAAUUUAAAUCUUUGGGUUUGGGUGAGAAGGGGAUUACAACUUAUUUUUCAGCUAAUUGUACAGAUAAAGAUGCAGAAUUAAUUAAUGAUUUUAUGCAAAGUAAAGGGUUAGAAUCUUAUAAUACAAGAUGUUUUAAAACAGUGAAGGAACAAAAUGAUUCUAAAGCUUCAGGAAAUAUGAAUGUGUAUGAAAUUAGAUUAGCUUCUGUAGAAACCAAUAAUGAUUCUGAUAUUACAUUGCCAGAAGAAGUAUAUAAAAAUGCAAAGUUUAAAAUUACAAGAGGAGAUUAUAGCAAACUUUUGAUUCCAGUCGUUUCUAAUCUUCAAAAAGCAAAAGAAUAUGCAGCAAAUGAAACUGAAAGAAAUAUGUUAGAUAAAUAUAUAGAACAUUUUAAAACAGGAUCUUUACAAGAUCAUAAAGAUGGUUCUCGUUUUUGGAUUAAGGAUAAAGGACCAAUUAUAGAAACUUAUAUUGGUUUUAUUGAAACCUAUAGAGACCCAGCAGGCCAAAGAGGGGAAUUUGAAGGGUUUGUAGCAAUGGUAAAUAGAGAAAUGUCAAAAAAAUUUGCUACAUUAGUGAGUAAUGCAGAAAAAUUUAUACCAAAACUUCCCUGGGGUAAAGACUUUGAAAAAGAUGAAUUUUUAAAGCCUGAUUUUACAUCAUUAGAUGUUCUAACAUUUUCAGGCUCUGGAAUUCCUUCAGGUAUAAAUAUUCCAAAUUAUGAUGAAAUUAGGCAAUCAGAAGGCUUUAAAAAUGUUUGUUUGGGUAAUGUAAUUCCUGCAAGGGAGUCAACAAAAUUAGAUGUAAUGCCAUUUUUAUCUGAACAAGAUCAAACAUUGAUGAAUACUUACAGAGUAGCUAGUUUUGAAGUGCAAGUUGGAUUACAUGAACUUCUUGGUCAUGGAACAGGUAAACUAUUGAUGCAAUCAGAGACAGGUUCAUAUAAUUUUAAUAUGGGAGAAGUAAAAAAUCCUAUUACUGGAGAAUUAAUAGAUAAAUAUUUUUUACCUGGUGAGACAUAUGAUUCGAAAUUUGGUCCACUGGGAUCUUCUUAUGAAGAAUGCAGAGCAGAAGCAGUAGGAUUAUAUUUAUCUUUAGAAAGAGAUGUAUUGAGUAUAUUUGGACAUGAGGGUUCUGAGGCAGAUAAUAUCAUGUAUGUGAAUUGGUUAUGUCUUUUAUGGACUGGUUGUGCAAGAGCUUUAGAAAUGUAUCAACCAUCAACUAAGAAGUGGCUGCAAGCUCAUUCUCAAGCAAGAUAUGUUUUACUUAGAGUUUGUUUGGAAGCUGGUGAUGAUUUUGUUAAUAUUACAGAAGUUGAUGGUGGAGAGAAUUUAUUAUUAACUGUUGAUAGAAGUAAAAUUUUAACAGUUGGUAAAAAAGCAAUUGGAGCAUUUUUAACAAAAUUACAAAUUUACAAAAGUACAGGUGAUAUUGAAGCAGCUAGGAAAAUGUAUGAAGAAUAUAGUGAAGUACCAGAAGAAGGACCAUAUCCAUGGGCACGCUGGAGAGACAUAGUUUUAGCUCACAAAGAACCUCGGAAAAUAUUUGUACAAUCUAAUACAUUUAUAGAUGGUGAAGAUGAAAAUGAAAGUGAAGUACAACUAAAAAACUAUAAACCCACUUUUGUUGGAUUAAUUCAAUCUUGGAUAGAAAGAUUUCCUUCUGAAGACUAUUCACAAAUUCUAAUCGAAAUUUUAGAAAAAGAUAAACAACACUUUAUACUCGAAAAUAAUUAACUAUUUGAU